CUUGGGGCAGCGGAGGCGGGCUCAGUGUCGGCCGCACAUCAUUCGAUUCUGUCCAUAGGCUAAAAAGUGGAUCAUGGGCUCGGCCCACAGCCUAUUGGACAGCACAGGAGCAGCCGGGUCCGUGGGCCAAUCAUAUGGCAGCGCGUGAGAUUGUGGACACCGGUCACCGGUGUUGGGCUCUGCAUCUUUGACUACAGCCUUUCGGCCAUGGCUUCGGAAAAGCCUCAGGACCUAGUCGUCACCUGCACCGCGCCGGUCAACAUCGCGGUUAUCAAGUACUGGGGGAAGCGAGAUGAAGCCCUGAUCCUGCCCAUCAACUCCUCUCUGAGUGUCACACUGCACCAGGACCAGCUAAAAACCAUCACAACCGCUGCCAUCAGCAAGGACUUCACAGAAGACCGCAUCUGGCUCAAUGGUCAAGAGGAGGAUGUGGGGCAGCCACGGCUCCAGGCCUGCCUGAGGGAGAUUCGACGCCUGGCUCGGAAGCGGAGGAGCUCAGGAGACGGGGAUGCUCUUCCCCUCAGCCUCAGCUAUAAGGUGCAUGUGGCCUCAGAGAACAACUUCCCCACUGCUGCAGGCUUGGCAUCCUCAGCAGCGGGCUACGCCUGCCUAGCCUAUACCUUGGCGCGGGUUUACGGGGUUGAGGGGGAUCUCUCGGAAGUGGCUCGGCGCGGCUCAGGCAGUGCCUGCCGCAGCCUUUAUGGGGGCUUCGUGGAGUGGCAGAUGGGGGAACAGGCAGAUGGAAAGGACAGCAUCGCCCGGCAGAUAGCCCCAGAGUGGCACUGGCCUCAACUCCGAGUCCUCAUCCUCGUGGUGAGUGCCGAGAAGAAGCCGAUGGGCAGCACCGUGGGCAUGCAGACCAGUGUGGAGACCAGUACCCUGCUCAAGUUCCGGGCUGAGUCCAUUGUGCCUGAGCGCAUGAAGGAGAUGACCCGCUGCAUCCAAGAGCGGGACUUCCAGGCCUUUGCACAGCUGACCAUGAAGGACAGCAACCAGUUCCAUGCCACCUGCCUGGAUACCUUCCCACCCAUCUCCUACCUCAAUGACACCUCCAGGCGCAUCAUCCAACUAGUACACUGCUUUAACACACACCAUGGGCAGACAAAGGUGGCAUACACAUUUGAUGCGGGCCCCAAUGCUGUGGUCUUCACCCUGGAUGACACCGUGGCUGAGUUUGUGGCAGCCGUGAGGCACAGCUUCCCCCCUGCAACAAAUGGAGACAAGUUCCUAAAGGGGCUGCCGGUGACGCCUGUUCUUCUCUCUGAUGAGCUGAAAGCUGCGCUGGCUCUGGAGCCCAGCCCUGGUGCUGUCCAGUACAUCAUCGCCACUCAGGUUGGACCAGGACCUCAAGUCCUAGACAACUCGCAUGCUCAUCUGCUAGGCCCAGAUGGCCUGCCACAACAGGACCCCUGACCGCUUCCAUGCCUGAUGGAUCCCUCGUGCUGAUGUGGAAAGACUGGCUCACCGGGGCUACGGGAGCUGGUGUGCUGCCUGGCCACACCUGUGGGUUACUUGAUGAUGAUGCUGUGUUGGGGGACAUGGAAUGGUGAUGGGCAACUGUCUAGACAGCCAGGGGGUGGGGGGCGGGGUCCCCUCAAGUGCCUCACGUUCCCUGUGGUUUCCGAAGGGCUUGCUGAAACUCUCUGUGGACUUUCCUGUAUUCCAGACAGGAGCUCAUUAGGGAAGGGGUGUCUGUCUCUCCCACUGAAGAAGCUCCUAGGGCCUCAGUCCCCAGCUAAGCUUGGAGGAUGGUGGCUACACAGCAGUGUCUCUACUGAGACUCAGGCUCCCAACUCAGGCCACACCGUGGACGGACUGUUUCUUUAUAAAGACCUGUGACCCCUUCCCUUGAGGGUGGAGGCUGUUGAGCCCACAGGGUGGGGUCCAUUGUGGGUGUGGGUGCAUCAUGAAGGUGCAGACGAUGGACCCGAUGACCCAGGAAUAAAGUGUGCUGCUGCCUGCC